AUGGCGCGAGCACCAUGUGCUCCAUCGUUCCUGUUGAUUGUGCAUUUUCCCUUAUUUAGGGAUAUCGCAUCCUUGAUGAGCACUUGUAUACAAGAUACAAGUAGUUGGGCUGUCGUAACUGUCGAAGGCGCCAGUCAGAGCAACGACAAAAAGGGUCAUAUCGCGCGACACUUGAGACUUGAAACCGACCGGGAUGGCCCUUUUUUCGCCCGAACUAAGGAGAAUGGUUGCUAUCCGGACGAGUCUGACAUUGACGAGGAGACCGACGAGGAGACCCAUCCACCAACGCAGUCGACCCGAAGGCGUCCCAAGGACAGCCAGAUGAGCGGCCACCCACACUUACAACGCAAGAAUGAUCUUUAG